AUGAAGCCGGGUUCGAGUUUUCCGAGGAAGACUCGAAUCAUAUAUAGUGAUCCUUAUGCUACAGAUUCAUCCACGGACGAAGAAGUGAUGAACAAAACGAAGAAUCGAAUUCCGGGUAUCAAGCUAUCUGUCAAGGAGAUUACUUUUUCAGCUGUUCCCACCGAUUCUUCGGAAGACGAUGGCAAGAGACGUCGAAAAUCUUGCACCAUGUCCACGGGUGUUCGACGAAGGCCUUCGGGCAAGUUUGCUGCGGAAAUUAGAGACCCCUUCACCAAGAAACGUGAAUGGCUUGGCACCCACGGCACUAUGGAGGAAGCUAUUGCUGCUUAUCAGAAAAGGAAACACGAGUACAAGAUGAUGGCGACCGAGAAUAAUAAGAAUUCAUUGUCGGUUCAGCCUUCUUCUUCCUCUGUGCUCAAUGUUACGGUCAAUGCCAAUGUUACGGUCAAUGCCAAUGAAGCAAGCCAUGAGAAGGACACAACGGGAGAUCAGUACGUAGUGAAGAAAACCGUGAAAGAAUACAAACUUGUCCAGCAAUUGAAAACUAAUGUGGAUCAAGUGGUAUCCGUUAAAGAAUUGUGGAAGGAUGAGUCAUCGAUUACCGGAUUGUGGGAACCUCCAUCGGCUUCGGAUUCAUGGGAGGAGCUCUUCGGACAGUGUGGUCUCGAGAACCAUACGUCUUAUCUUCAUAACCGAUUUUUGUUGAAUGACAACGCCGUCAGGCACUGGCCGGAGAAUGUUGAGUUGAUUGAUUUGCCUGACAUGAAAAUAGACAAUGAGUACAUGGUUUGGGCGGAUGAGAUUCUAACAACUGAAGUUGAUUUUUGUAGACACGAGGUAUCAUUAGCCCAAGUUAAAUUUUAG